GGAGCGGCGAAGGAGAAGCAAAGGAGACGAACGUGUGAGCGAGCGGGCCUGACGUGCUCGAGGUGCUCGUGCCGUUGGUGGUGCGCUUGCCUCGGUCCAUCGCGACAGGAGAGAGAGAGAUCGUCAAGUGUUUGCUGCUGCCUGCCUGCCUGCCUGACACGAGAGUAGCUACUAGAUAGAGUGUAGUAUAUAUGAUCAAGAUGACCUACCCGAGCUGGGAUAUCGAGCAGGCCAUCGAGCACUUCCCCGCCAUCUGCGGCAUGAAACUCUCACUCAGUCAGAGCCACACACACACUCACACUCACACUCACACACAAGCAGAGAGAGGGAGAGAGGGGGAGCCCACGGCACGUGUGUAACACUUGUGUUGUGCUGUGUGUGUGCUGGCAGCCGUGGCGGAUCCCACUCUCCCCGACUGUCCUCUCAUCGGCUGCUCCUCGGGAUUCACAAAGCUCACGGGGUACGUCAGACACACAUACGCACAGCCGUCUCCACCUGUGCCACGCAUUUAUCUCUCCUGCCUGCGUGUGUGGGGUUGGCUGGUUGGUGUGUCCCUCCUUCUCUCAGCUUUGACGAGUACAAGGUCAUCGGCCAGAACUGCCGCUUCCUGAAUGAGGGGUGUCACGUGGAUGAGGUGGUUCGGAGAGAGCUGCGGAAGGCCAUACACUCCAGAGGCUCGCUCUUCUGCCUCGUCCAAAACAAGAAAGCCAGUACGCAAACACACACAGGACAGUAGAGGAAGCUGCCAAAAGAGAGAAAGAAACCGCGCGUCUGUCCCUGUGUGUCUGUCCCUGUGUGUGUCUGAUUGUAGAUGGGUCGCGGUUCACCAACAUGCUGUAUCUGUCAUCCUUCCACAUCCCCAGCAGGGCGCAGACGUUCAUGAUCGGCGUGCAGAGCGACGCCACAAAGGUCGAUCUGGUCGGCAACGAAAACCUCCGACUGUUCACCGAGGAAAAGGUAGGAAUGCACACACCUCACCUGGGCAGGGCAGACAGACAAGAGCCGAUGGAUGGACACGACACACGGAAUGAAGGGCUUGUGCGGUGUGGUCUACUCGUCAGAUAUGCGAGCUGUUCAACACGGUCGAUUUGACCAACUGGGUGCUCAUGAAGGCGCGGUCAUUCGAAGGUACCUAAGCCAUGGGCACACAGCACACACGUCAUAUGGCAUACCGACGUCUCUCUCUCUCUCUCUCUCUCUCUCUGUCUCUCUCUCUGCGCGCGCGCGCGCGCGUGUGUGUGUGUGCAGCCAUCGAGCGGAUGAAGAAGACGUCUCCCGCGCUACCCCUCCGAUGGCGACCGCCGCAGCCAGCGGACGACGACGAGGGCAGAAGACCACCUCCCGUAAGACAACGCAACACACAUACAAUACAUUCUAUGUGUCUCUCACACGGAUCUCUGUAUGUAUCGUGUAUCGAUGCCUCCUUCAGACUCCCCGUUGGUUGGCCGAGGAGCACAUCUGGCCCCUUUUCCCCGCCGCCCUCUCUCUCGACGACCCCCAGCCCCAGGCCGUCACAGCCACCGACCAAGACGAGCAGGAGCAUGCCCGCGACCGCGGCCUCUCAUCUGGCAGCACGGCGUCCUCCAACACCCAAAGCCACACGCAGCCGCACGACCACCGCGGUGAGGGCGGCCGGCUGCCCAGCAGCCCCGGGACCUGCACGACGUACGCCACAGCGGGCAACGGCGAGAGGGACGACGAUACGCCCCCUGCCAAUGGUGUGCUGCACCCCAAGGACGAGGAGGCGGCCGUGGGGACGCCCGAGAUGGACGGGGUGGUGCAGCAGAUGGCACAGAUUAGACUACCGCCCACCGACUAGGGUGGGUGCGGUACAUGUGCGGUGCAUGGCACGGGGUGGGGUGGGGUGACAUUUUUCCAUCCCAGCCAGGUGAGGUGGGUCAGACAGACAGACAGACAGAUGAGAGAGAAAACCGUAUGUGAGAAAUGAGAGAUGAGAUGAGGUGAGGGCAUCGCCGCUUUUUUUCGUCAAGUGGCUGCGUUGCGUUGCGUUGCGUGAUGGGAUGUGAUGGGAUGUGCUGUGAUCCGAGAGGGAGAUGCAGAGGUUGCGUGUGUGGCAGUGCUUUCGCUUCCUUCCUUCCUUCCUUAUUCUCUUGCCAAUGAAUGCCGUCCGUCAUGGAUUUGUUUUCCUCGCCCUUGUUUCUCGUCUCGUGUGAUGGGAGUUUCCUCUGUGUGUUCGCGUGUGUGUGUGUGAGUGUAUAUGUACCUAACUGAGUGCGCGAAUGUGACGCAGAGAGGGGGCGGGGCGGGGCGGGGCGGGCUGAGGGAGAGGCUCUGGGCUGGAUGGGGUAAUCGUGCAGCAACGCCGCUUCGUGUGGCGUGUGGUGUCCGAUAGAGAGGAAGAGAUAGGCGUGUCCGCAGAUGGGAUGGAUGGAUCGGUAAGGGAAUUUUUCGUCUGUCGACCGCAUUGCUAUGACAUAGACAGGCACAGAGAGAGAGGGAGGGCGGACGUGAGGGCGAUUGUUUCACUGCCAUCCGUGUGUGAGGGACAGAAGAGUCGACUUUCAACUCGCUUAUUGCCUGCCUGCCUGCCUGUUGGGGCAUUUCUUUCCUCGCUGAUGUGAUGUGGCGGGGUGGAAGAGAGUGAGUGAGCGGAUGAGAGCGACGUGACUGGAGUAACUAACGACACAUCGAUGCAUUGCAAUGACCGAGUGUGAUUGAUGCGACCGACUUUCUCGUUUCAAUUCAUCAUUCAGACGACACGAACGAUGCAGCGCAGCCGAUGCAUUGCAUCCUUCCACUGUCGGUGGGGUGACCUUUUCUGAAUCGCUCACUCACUCACUCACUCAGUCACCUGAUGCUGGCUGACAGCUGCUGUUGUGUAUAAGAAGAGAGCCGGAGGGAGAGACCUGCUGCUGUAUCUCUGUGUCUGUCUUCCUCCACCUCCUACCUACCUACCUACCUCUUCACGUCUUUCCCUCCCUCCGGCCGUAGGCACCUGCUGCUGCUGCUUCUUGCUUGGUGCUGCCUGCGUGGCGUGGUGUAUGAAUGUAUGUCUGUAUGUAUGUCUGUGUGUGUGUCCGUCCGCAUGUGCGAGUGUGAGUGUGGGUGAGCUUAUGUGGUGUGAGAGCGAGUGCAUGAGUGAGGUCCCGAAGGGAGAAAGGGAAGUGACAGUGGGUGAUGGUGAUGGUGAUGUGACAUACAUCUGCAGCCCGCCCAGCCAUCCAUCCAUCCAUCCAGUCAGCCCCUCCACCGUGCGUGUGUGUGGUUUGGGUUCUCCAUCCAUCCAUCCAUCUAUCCAUCUGUAGCAUCCGUCACAUUUUUUGUUCCUUGCCCUUCAUUGAGCCAGCUACUCCCCCACCUCACCAUGGUGCGUGUGUGUGUGCGUGCAGUGUGAUCGCUCUCUGAAGCGCACCCAUCGUAUGAAUGGAGAGGCAGGCCUCUCAGGCAUACCACCACCACCACCACCAAAACCACACGGACACACACACACACACACACACGCACCCAAUUGGAUGCGGGAGUGAGUGAGUGGUUGAGUGCUGGUGGGAGGGGCGAGUGUUAUGUCCAGCCAUCGCACCACAUUGUUUGAACGAAUGGGUUGCGUGGCGUGGCGUGGCG